AAACAAGGGAAGAUCCUCUUAGGGAAAAAGCAAUUUAGGCAGUUGCUAUGGAAACACACAACUAAUUAAGGAAGCAUAGUAAAAGCCCUUUGAAUUUUCGUUACAAGACCAAGCGCCUCAGGGUUUUCCGUGGGUUUAAAAUCCGGACACAAGAGAUACCUGCUGACAAAUUGAAACAGAAAUCGCGUCGUAAGCUCUGGGUCCAGCGCAUGUGAAGUUUUCAACUACGUUACGUAAUCCGGGAAGGAUAGAACAAGGAUAGACGUCCUAUUUGCUACACAAUUAGCACAUUGAAGGCAGCGGGCGAGGACUCAACUUGCCAAAAGUAGUAAUACGUCGCUAUUUUCUCGCGUUUUAAUAAUUCUAUGAUCUCGUCCCUACUGGCCGCGUCGCGAUGACCGUGGAAAUAUCACAACUGACCAGCGAGGAGUUUCGAAUCAUGCGAACAGCGUUUGAUAUUUUUGACAAAAAUAACAACAACGAGAUCGACCAAGACGAGUUCGGCAGCUUAAUUCGCGCCAUCGGUUUUAAUCCCAGUAAUCGGGAAAUUGAGGAAACCCUUAAAAAAUUUGACAAAAAUGGCGAUGGGGUAAUCGAUUUUCAAGAGUUCAUCUCCAUGGCCAAGCAUUUUGAAGGAUGUGGCAGAGAUGACAUGGAACAGACAUUACGGCAGGCCUUUAGGUAAGUUUGCCCUUACAGAGUCAACUCCAUAAAGAACGAAAAAUAUUCUUAUUUUACUUGAUUAUAAAGCGAAGUCCAAGUUAGUUGACCUAAAAUUUAUUUUUACUCCCUCGUAAGAAAAGUAAUAAGACUACUAGCUGUGAUGAAUAUUUUUUCAUCUAAGUAGACAUUGUGGCUCAGAUUUUGGAAAGCUUUUUUAUUUUAUUUAUUCUGAGUGCCGGGGGUGGAAAUGCGUCAAUUUUGCUUAAUGCCAUAUUGACUUUGUAACAACCGAGGUUUGAAUACAUCACGUAUAAGAAGACAAUAGAAUAUUCUUAGGCAACUGAAAGUUAAGCAAUUUCAGCGAGAUGGAAUUUCGAAGUUAAACUUUAUUAAGCUUCUUUUUGGAUUUCAAACUAACGCCGGCUUAGGGUAAAAAUCUGCUUUCGACCAAACUGUAUUUUUGGUUAUGUUGCCUUGAUUUCAAAUUUAUUCAUACGUUAUUGAUAAGAAGGACGCCCAAGUAAUUUGGAGGAGGCAGACUGGCUGUGUUCGUAAUAUGAAAAGAAAUCUGUCACUGAAAGCAAUACGUGUUAAAAGCAAUUUUAAGGUUGGCGUUUUAAAUACUGAAUCUAUGUGGACAUUUGUAUGUUAAUGAGUAAUUUGAUGGGUAGCGUAUAAGAGUGUCCAAUUUUAUAGACGCGACGGUUUAGUGGGAAGGAACACUGAGCUAUUGAAAAAUUCAGUAAAACGAUGACAAAAACUAUACUUGAGUACAAUACAUUAUUAAUUUUAUCUAUUUUUUCUCCUUGUUCCUCGAUUAUCAAAUGUCGUGGUCAAUUGAAAUACUUUGCCUAAAAUUCAGAAAAUAUGGAGAGCACUCGCUUGAUUAAUUCUUCUUAUAAAUUUGGCAGCAGCUCACCUCAAUCGUUUCACCUGCUUUGUCUAAUUUCACAUGGUCUGUUUCUCUACAAACAUAUUACUACAAACUUCAAUAUCUCAAUACUUCAUGUUUUUGCUAUAACAGAUCGUCCGAUUCGAGUUAGAUUUUAAUUUUUUUUUUUCAUUGCCGACCCGGCUCGCACCUGCAGGUGUUUAUUUCUUAACACGCCAUAUUAUUUGAUAUCACGCUUUCUUACAUCCUGCCCUAUUUUAUCGCGUAUUUCGCCUACCGGCAAAACCAUCAAAAUAAGUAAGAAUAAUUAUGAAUAAAACCAACUUUACUUUCAAUAUCCGCCACCCGGUAGAAAUGUGUUAAACGCUCUUUAAAAAGAAAUACUAAACUUCUCACAAACGCGAGUUUCUUCAUUGAAACGCGAAGCACAGCCGAAUGUUUUCGCAGCUGUUUUUGAAGUUUUUCAACACGUCAACCGGGGAUUUGUUCUUUUACAUCAGUAAGAAUAUUACUUAAUAUUUCAUAAAAAGAAGACUCACAUAAAUUUUGCCACACCGAGUUUUCAUGUCAGUAACAGCAUAGUAAAAUUUAUGCGCCAUGCCUUAAAUAUAACAGAAGUUGUAAAUUAAUAGAUAUUAUAUUGGGAAACAAUUUUGCGGUUACCAAUGAAUAAACACCUUCACUGAAACAAUACAACACGUUGAUGCAAAAAUCAUUUAACAUUAAAAAGAGGAUAAAAAACUAACUUCGAGCAAGGCAGUUAAAAAACUUUGACAUUCCUACAAAAUUUGGGGGCGAUUGUUUUCAGAUAAAAAUGUAUGCAAUCUCCAAGGCCACUAGGGCGUGUCUUCUCGUUCUCUCGUACAAAAACCUAGGGGAAGCUGUUACUAGUUUUGGAGGCAACACUAAUACUCCUUAAGGUGGCUGAACACAGUUUUGGCACUUUGUGAGGAUAUAUCAUUUGGCAAAUCAUGGCAAGAGAAAGGUUGCAGCUCACAAGCUGAAACUUGUCAAGUGAAAAAUAUACUGAUGAAAGAUUUUGAUUGACAGGUAAAAUUUGACGUUUUCGAAGGCUCCAUGGCAACGAUUGAAAACAACCUCAAAAUUUCACUUUUGCUCCGUUUACAUAAAAUGUGCUCAUUAGAUAUUCCUAUAACCUUGCACACAGCUUACUAUAAUAAAUCAUUCCCAUUUGAAACUUAUUUGACCAAAUUUUAACAGACGGGUUUUAGAUAAUCAAUCAUAUAAUUGUACUGUAAUUAAUAAAUGUGUCUCAAAAUUCGUCUGUUCAACUUCCAUUUUAAAGUUCUCAUUAUUUAAAGUACGAUAAAAGUAAUAAUUCUACCAAAUAUCACAAAAUUUUAAUAAGUAGAUUUUGAGAAAUUGUCUGCUUUGUACCAUUGCUUUUUUCGCGAUCAUUUUUGUUUGUCUAAUUUAAAACACCAGCCAGUAAGCGAGUUACCGCUCACCGCCCGCAAAACUGUGUUUAGCCACCUUAAAUCGGAUAGAUGUAUGUUUUCGGUACCGAGUGGUGUCACACAGGGAGGCAUCGGAAGUCCCUUUUCACGAUUCCCAUCACGCCGGUCUCAACCACUCUCUAAGGUGAUAACAACGGCUUUCUGUGUUUUCGACGAUUUCUACUUGGUGAUAGAUCAAUACUACACUUUGUUUAGUUGCUGCUAUCGUUAUGGCAUCCUUUUUUAAGUAUUAAUGAACGCGCAAGCGUAAAUUGAUCAAACCUUUUUAUUUCUAAGGCUUACUUUCCGGUUAAUAAAAUUAACUGUAUGUAAAAAGUGAAAGAGAGAAAUAGCGAAAAAUUACCACUUCGAAUCAAAUCUUUAGGUUUAGAAGAAAAUAUUCUCGAACCUGAGAAUGUAUCGAUCAAAGCUGUGUAAAUUGACCUGAAUCAGUGCAUGAAACCUUGCGUUUCACGUUUUUAUCUCACCUACUGUAUGGAAUAUUUGUGAAAAUCUUCAAUAAGAAAUAAGAAUCGCUAUAUUUCAAAGACUGCUACACAACGGCCAAGAAUACUAAUGAUCGACAACGUACAGAGCGAGGGCAGCUGUAGUGUCAACUAUUACAAGUUAUAUCUCUGUUAACUCUUAACGAGUUCAGUGACCACCAUUUUUCAUUGUCGAGUUCUAAUAACCAUGGAAUAAUAUAUAAUUAUUUUGUCAAAUGUAAAAACGAGGCAGCUGGUUCAGAGCCACCUUAAAUUUUCAAAAAUCAGUUCCUAUGAAGUAUAGGCCACCAAGGUAACAAAAUCAGUGUGCGGGAAUAGGGUUCACCGACGUUUAAACAGAUUUUGGCUGUAGUUUUCAGACCACUGAUUAACCUACUGUAAGUUUGCCAGGGGUAACAGCAUGUGGCGCGGCUUAAUGGAGGUUGCCGCUCAAUAGAGGUUCAUCAGAAUUAGCAUAAUAUGUAGCAAAAUUAUUACGGCCCUUUAUUCUGAAGCAAACACCUUUAAGGGCUUUAGACAACUUUAACAGAAGAGACAGCUCCUAUUUUACUGAGCAAAAGUAUAGUAACGGUUUCAAAAAAGCAAAUUCUCCUGUCAAAUUGCAUUGUUGUGUUGAUAAAGUUCUCCCAACUUAACACGCACGUGCAAAAUCAUUAACUGUGGCGCCAAAAAGCGUCAAUGGAUGUAUAUAAACUGAAACGUUAGAUUAAACGUCCAAAAUCCAUUAUCAGUUGCAUUUUCAAAAGGGAGACCGCAGCCGUCAGAUAGAGCAACCGGUUUAUAGAGGUGUAAUUUACAGAGUAUUCUAUUCCAUUAUUAUUGAUUUCAAAGACAAUACGUGGGUACAAAAUAAAGCAUUAAAACUUUGGUGCGAUGAUACGCUGAAUAGUUCCUUACAUAAUAUGAUACGCUAUUAUUUUAAAAGGGACCCCAUGGAAUUAACAGUCAGCAACACUCGCUCUAGACAUUACAGGGCCCUAGAACUUGCUUUUGUCUGAAAAUAUUUCGGAAUUCUGUUAGGGAAGGGCCAAGACAACCAGUUGAACCUCCAAAACACAACAGUCAAUAUUAAUUUAUACAGAAAUUGAUAUUUACCAGAUUUACUCUAACCCUUGGACUAAAUUUCCACUUAAUAAAAGGUCAACCGUCAAAGCUACAACCUCAUUAAGACCCUCCCGUCUUGUACGUAUCGAAGGGUUAGUUACCAACAACAUAACAAGUUGUACAUGAUCGACAACAUAGAAAGCGAGUGAACUGAAAUUGGCUACUCAACUGGCUGUCGUCAGCUUAGAAAGAAAAAGAGCAAUGGAUGGAUGAUUUGGCUGGAAAAAAGAAGUAACCUUUUUGUUCAAACAAUUAGUUAGAUGGUCACGACGUACAAGCCAACUAAAUUUAACCAAGGAGAAGCUUUUAUUUGUUUGUAAAAGCGGGCGAGACAUUACAGUAAUUUUCGAUUUAAAUUAGGUAACUUAGCUUCCCUUUAAAGGGGGACAUACAAGCGCUCCAGCUACCGUAAACUGUCAUUUCAUGGGGUCAUACAUAAACUACUAACCCGUUUAAAAGACCGUAAGGGUUUUAGGAGGGCAAUAUGCGAUCAUAUGCGCUGAAUCGUGAAAGCGAGUCUUCCGGAAGUCAACCAGUUUACCGGAAACUGUUUCCGCAUGGUCGGCAUAGUUCUAAAAAUAACGUUUUUGAAAUUAAGAUAUCCAAAAGGCGUGACUGGGAGACUCCCUCUCUGUCACAAAUUAUGUGUGAUAUAACCAGUUCUACGUAGCUUUAAUUCUUUACUCCCUCGAAAUUAUAUUUCUUCACAUGUUCAUAUUUUUAGAAUUCUGUACUCUGUUCUACACUUAAUUAAGGAAUUCAGCGACAUCAAUUCUCGUAAAAAUUUCGAUAUUCUACACUCAAUCUAUACACUGGAUCAGCUCCACGACUCCCAACAACUACACAGUUCCUAGACUCUUGUGCAAACUUCAGUUCUCAGAUCACGUGACGUUUUCCCGCCACAAUGACGCAAUAAUUUUCUCACACUCUCUGUUCUAUUAUGGCUUGAGGAGGGCUAAUAAUAGGAGGGGCCCAUAUCUGAGGGGGCUUAAUUAUAACCGGACUAGAAAAGCACUUCAAACGAAACAAGCUAAGGCUGUGCUGAUCAAAAUACGUUUUGCAUUUGCCGGAUUUUUUAAAAUUAGGUGUCAAAACCUCAAAAACAAUUAAAUUCAUUUUAACGCAAGCCUAGCUAAAGGGAAGCUUAUAUCCGGGGGAAGACUAUUUUCGGGGGGCUUAUAUCCGGGGGAAGGCUGAUAUCCGGGUUCUAAGGAUUGAAUGUAUUAUUUUGUUUACAGGUAGAUGGGCCAAUAACUGGGGGAGGGGGGGCUUUAUAAGCAGCAGUUUAUGGUAUUUUGCGUGAGUAAUUGUGAUAUCUUCAGAGUAAAAAAAGAAGUACUAUUCUAAAGUUAUUUUUGGACUUUAAUAACUGGUCGAUUACUAAUGGAGGGUGACCGCUUAUACCGUCUUGUCAACUUGUAUUACUUGCGUUUGCCAUUACCCUGCGUAUUAUUCAUGUAAACAUCUGAUCCAUCCUUGUAAUUCUGCGCCCACAUACUGCUAAAAAGAUUACAUAAAUAUUAUAAUCAUCAUCAUCAUCAUCGUUAUCUUCAUCAACAUCAUCAUCACAGAAAAUCAAAUACCGGAACCACUAUUUAUACUCUUUAAUAUUUAUGUACCUGGCUGAUAUUACCUGAUAUUUAUCGAUGUAACGCUACUUGCUUUUGGCAUGUAGACCGUUUAUUCGUGAUAAAUGUGACUCAUCCUUGUAAUUCAUCUCUGAGGCUGCUACAAAGAUUACAAUAAACUGUCUUCAUCAUCAUCAUCACAAUCAUCAUCAUCAUCAUCAUCAUCAUUAUCAUCAUCACCAAGCUUUUCUAAAAUAGUGAACAAGACAUGAUAAGGACUUAUUGCUUCUAUUUUCUCUAGGGUUUUUGAUCGUGAUGGUAACGGCUACAUCUCUGUGGACGAAUUACGUUAUGUGGUAACGACUUUUGGAGAGAUUUUAACAAAAGAGGAGGCUGAGGAACUAAUCGCCAUGUUUGACAGAAACAGGGACGGUAAACUGGAAUAUGAAGAGUUUGUCUCGUGGGCCAAAGCUUCCAUGGCGGAUUAUUUGAAAUCAUUAUAAUUUGUUUACAUUCUUUUCUUCUCUCACCGCCCUGUAGUAACCGUCAGGGAGGACGAACUUCAUGUUCACCUUGUUGCUUGCUUUGCUUUUCUACUACCCAAGGCUGCUAAAGUAAAAUAUACCUACGCCUAGUUCCUAUAGGCGUUCUCGGUUUUGUCAAUCUUGGACUCCUUCGUGAGCUGUGACGUCAUCCACCCUUUCCCAGACUUCGAGCAGAGACGAAGAAGAGAUAAUACCUAGACACUAGCCUGAUGAAGAUAGUAAACAGUGUGAAAUGUUUGUUACCAGCAAAAGGCAUUGCUUGUAAAGAAGAUUCUUUCAUUCGCAACACUUUUUCCAGGUGUUCGCUAUUAUAGCAAUUUCUCUUUUUUUUCACUCUCACUUAGAGUGCACUCUAAGUCUGUGUGGUCAAUUAUGUUCGUACAAACCAAUCGUGAGGUAAAGAUGGCUGGAUACAUCGGCCAAAUUCUUUUGGGCGUAUUUAUGGACCGUGACAAAGUCGAGGACGAUAAAAA